CGCGCGCGUACAAAGAUCGUCACAAACCGGAGCUUGCUGCUACGCUGAAUAACAACAAAGCUUUGUGUAUCUUCUCAGUUGAAUUGGAAGUUCGUGUUGGGAUAAACGUGCCUUUUUUUUGCAAAUCGCAUCACUAACCGAUAGAAAAAUGAGUGAUAUCAAUCCAGGAGUACAACGCGUGAACGCGUGGAUUCAGGCCGUGGAUGACUUCGAGGUGUUUCCGGAGGAGAACACUGAGGCACUUGAUGCCCAGUCAGCCAGACGGGCCGCCUUGGCCAUGGAAGACCCCAACUCCAUCUGUGCUCUGAUCAUGCAGGCCGGUCUUGCCCGCUUGAUCCAGGAGGCAAAAGAGGAUGGUGUGAUGAUGUUCGAUGGGGGCGUGCCCUACCAGGAAUCGGAAGAUGCUGUUACCACGGUGAUUGUGGAUGACAUCAGUGAUGCAAGAUGCACAGCAAAGGUAUUUGAAAAGUUGCCUGAUGUAUCCGUUUGCAAAGAAAAUGAGCGAGUCACAAGUAUUUGCUCUGUUGAAGCCAUUGAGGAGGAGCAAGGUGAAGCAAUAAGGGAUGAGAGGAAGGAGGAAGGUGUUGAGGAACAGGAAGGGCAAGAUGUCGUCCAAGAAGGAGAGGAUAAAGAGAUGAAUCAUCAGGAGGAAGAUGAGAAGGAAUCAAAGGCAGAGCUCGGGGAGCAGGAUGAGAGUGGGCAAGAAGCAGGGCAGGAAGAGAAAGGACAUGAGGUGCUAGGGGAGGGAGGGGAUGAGGGGGGUAAGAAGGCAGGAGUUGAGGAUUUCACGAAGACCAAGUGUGAAUGCAAGGUGAAAGGAGAUGGGGAGUUGAAGCAGGAUAAGGUCAAGGGUUUGGAAAUGGAUGGUCAUGGAGAGACAGGGGGCGUUCAGAAGGAGGGGGAUGAGAAUGCAGAAGUUGAUGAUUUGAGGAAGAUAAAGCCUCAAGGCAAGGCGAAGGGAGAUAGAGAGUUGCAGCAGGAGCAGAUGAUGAAUUCGGAGAUGGAGGAUCAGGAAAAGGAAGGACUUGGACAGGUAGAAGAGAAAGGAGAUGAGCAGGGUGAUAAGAUGGCAGAAGUUGAGGAUUUGACGAAAAUGGAGCCCGAAGGCAAGGAGAAGGGAGAGGUGGACAUGCAACAGGACAAGAUUAAUGAUUUGGAGAAGGAAGAUCAGGGAGAGAAAUGGGUUGAGCAGGUAGAGGCGAACGGGGAUGAGCAGAAACAGGCGGGCGAAAAGGGAGAGGCUGGGGAUUUGGCGAAGAUUAAGCCCAAAGGUGAGAAUGGAGAUGAGGAGCUGCAAAAGGGGCAGAUGAAAGAUUUCAAGAUCGAAAAUCAAUAUGAAGUUUGGGAUAAGGUGGAAGCUGGUAGGGAUGGUGUGCUUCAAGAAAAAGUGGAAGUGGAUACAACAGAGAUGGGGAAGCCCGAUUGCAAGGAGAAUGAAAAUGUGGAGUUGCAGAUGGAACAGAUGAAAGAUUUGAAGAUUGAGAAUCUGGAUCAGGGUCAGGAUAAGAUAGAAGUGGGUGGGAAUAGGUUGCCGCAAGAUGAACUACAGGUGGAGGCAACAGAGAUGAUAAAAAAGAUGAAGGUGGAAGAUCAGACGGAGAAGAAUCAGGAGGAAUCCGAGAAGGAUGAGGACAGCAGUGAGCUUGGUAGAGAAGAGGUUGAUAUGAAGAACUUGGAUACUGAGGAGUUCAAUGAGGAAACUGCAACCCACAAGGAGGAGGGCAUCCUUCCAGAGAAAUGCAAAGAUACUGCUGAGAAAUGCCGUGCAAAAGACCAAGAGAAACAAGAUUUCUCUAUUAAUACCGACAUCGUCACUGAAGAUGAUGCGACGAUGAAAACACCCAGUAACGAUUUGAUGAUCACUGACAAUGUACACCCACAUCCAUCAGAGGGGUUUAUUCCACAAAGUACCUGCAAAGACACAUGUUCAGUCGAGAUAACCCCGAAGACCAAGAAAAGAGGCUUCUUGACCAGGAUUUUCAGCAGGCGCACCAGCAAGAAGGACAAGAGGACAAAGGUGAAGAGGGUUGAGAUUGAGGACAAACUGGAGAAACAAAAGAAGAAACCAUCCAAGUUGACUGCUCUCAUCUUUGCCUGCUGCUGCGUGCAACCAAUGGAUUUACAACGCGUGAACGCGUGGAUUCAGGCCGUGGAUGACUUCGAGGUGUUCCCGGAGGAGAACACUCAGGCACUGGAUGCCCAGUCAGCCAGACGGGCCGCCUUGGCCAUGGAAGACCCCAACUCCAUCUGUGCUCUGAUCAUGCAGGCCGGUCUUGCCCGCUUGAUCCAGGAGGCAAAAGAGGAUAGCAUGGUGACGUUCGAUGGGGGCGUGCCCUACCAGGGAUCGGAAGAUGCAGUUACCACGGUGAUUGUGGAUGACAUCAAUGAUGGCAGAUGCACAGCAAAGGUAUUUGAAAAGUGUGUUGAGGAACAGGAAGGGCAAGACGUCAUCCAAGAAGGAGAGGCUGAGGAGGUGAACCAUCAGGUGAAAGAUGAGAAGGAUGAGAAGGCAGAGCUCGAAGGGCAGGAUGUGAGUGUGCCAGAAGAGAAAGGGGGUGGCUCAGAGGUGCAUGGGGUCAGAGGGCAUGAACUGGAGAAGGAGGGAGAUAAGAAGGAAGGAGUUGAGGAUUUCACGAAGAUCAAGCAUGAAGGCAAGGGGAACGGAGAUGGGGAGUUGAAUCAGGAGAAGGUCAAGGAUUUAGAGAUCGAGGAUCAGGAAAAGGAAAGAGCUGCACAGUUAGAAGAAAAAGGUGAUGAGCAGAAGCCGGGGGAUAAGAUGGCAAAGGUAGAGGAUUUUACGAAGAUGGAACACGAAGGCAAAGAGAAGGGAGAUGAGGAAAUGCAACAGGACAAGAUCAAGUAUUUGGAGGAGGAGCGGGAAGAGAGAGGUGUUGAGCAGGUAGAGGAGAAAGGAGAUAUGCAGAAGCAGGCGGGCGAGAAUGCAGAAGCUGGGGAUUUGACGAAGAUCCAAACCGAAGUCAAUUGGAAUGGAGAUGGGGAGUUGCAAAAGGAGGAGAUGAAAGAUUUGAAGAUCGAACAUCAGAAUGAAGAUCGGGAUAAGGUGGAAGCUGGCUGGGAUGGUGUGCCUCAAGAAGAAGUGGAAAUUGAUGCAACAGAGAUUGAGAAGAAGAAAGUGGAAGUAGAAAAGGAAAAACAGAAUCAGGAGGCAUCCGAGAAGGAUGAGAAAAGCAAUGAGAUUGUUGGAGAAGAGGUGCAUGUGGAGUACAGAAAGGAGGGGGAGGGGGAAGCAGUGGUGAAAGAGGACGGAGAUCAGAAAGAUGACAAGAAAAAUGGUUUGAAAGAAGUACAGGGUGGAAUGGAAGAAAACAAGGAAGUGGCAGUUGGAGGACGGAAGGAUUGGGAGACUAGGAUGACUGAGGACCUGGAGGACAAACAACUGGAGGUUACGGAACAGGAGGCAGGGCUGGUGGCUAGGGAAGAAAAUGCCAAGGAGGAUGGCAAUCCCAAGAUGGAGAAGGUAAUGACUGGCGAUAAUAACAAAGGGAAGCGAGAUGGGAUUCAGGAGGAAGGUGAGAUGGAUUUGGCAAAGGAACAGGAGAAGAUGGAGACCUUGGAAACCAAGGAGUUGAAUGAGAAAACUGCAACCCACAAGGAGGAGCAGGACAUCCGUCAGGAGGUAUGCAAGGAUACUGCUGAGGAGGACAAUGCAAAAGAUACAUAUUCUGAAGAGAUAUGCCCGAAGACCAAGAAAAGAAGCUUCUUGGCCAGGAUUUUCAGCAGGCGCACCAGCAAGAAGGAGAAGAAGACAAAGAUGGAGAUGGUUGAGAUUGGGGACAACGUGAAGAAACAAAAGAAGAAACCAUCUAAGUUCACUGCUCUCAUCUUUGCCUGCUGUUGCGUGCAACCAAUGGAUUAGUAUCAGCCCCAUCACAAGCACCUUAAAGAACAGGAUUCCUUCUUAGGUUGGGCAUCUCAGGGGCGUGGUCAGUAUUUCAAAAGGAUAUAGUUACCAACAUAAAAGGUGUCUCUGGAAAUGUUUUUGCUUGUAUCAUUCUUCCGGCAACUCAACUACAAAACGCCCUCUGGCUGCGCCCCAUGAUGAUACUGUGCGUCUCAAAUUCACUAGUCAAGGUAGUCAGAGUUCGCAUUCAACAUUCGAAAACAGAAUAAUAUCACAGAAUGGAACUUCUCUCAAUCCAAACAAGGGAAACUGGCAGAGAGCGUGAGGCAAGAGUGGAAACAGAAUCUUCAAACUAUGUUGCGUAGUGAUCGAGUUGAUAAAGAAAGGAUGAUUGUAGUGGCGGUGGCGAUGCUAAAUGAAAAGCAUGACAAAUAUCAGUUGGAGUG